UCAUAUAUUUUUUCCUCUUUUUCAGUUUUUCUUCUCAAUUCUUGAUUCCAAUCUGCCCAAUCCCAACAUCCAUGGAUUCAUCACCAGCUUCUCACAGCAACAAACCCACCAAGCGCCACCAACCAUCUUCCUCUGAGCUUCUUUCCAGUGCCAUGUUGGUGGCUGAGGCAGCCAAAGCUUCACUUAAGCACGAAACUGACAAGGUAGACAAGGGCAGGGUUGCUGGUGCUGCAGCUGAUCUUCUUGGAGCUGCCUCUCACUAUGGCAAGCUCGAAGGGAAGAGUUUUGGCAAGUAUGUAGAGAUGGCUGAGAACCAUCUCCACCAGUACCACUCCUCCCAUUCCCCCACUUCUUCCCACUCAGCAGCUGAUGCCACACAUUCGUCAUCCCAUUCAAGCGGUGCUGCUGGCCAUUCUGAAGGUGGGCAUGGUGGGUAUGGUCAAUACUUGAAGAUGGCUCAAGGUUUCUUGAAGAAAAACUGAAAUAUAAUAGCGAUUACGCAAAUCUUUCUUCUUGUGUUUUCCUUUUUCCUCCCGCUCUUAUGUAUGUUGUACAACGCUUAGAUUUGAAGCUAUAAGCUUCCAGUCUUGUAUGCUCUGUUUAAUACUUUAAUGUACCAAAGUUCCAAUGUUAUUAUGAAAAUUUAUUCUACAA